CUGAGAAACCCCGGCGCACGGACCCCGGCGGCAUGCCCGACAUCUGGAGCUUAUCACGCAGCUUAGUAAGAGAGCUUAGCCCGUGGCUCCAAGUGGCGAGGCAUUCACGACUGUCCCGCAUUCAAGAUGAAGCGAGCGCGCUUUCGCCAAACUAUACACGUGCGCGCGACCUCGUAGCUCAACUUCUCACAACGGCGUCAGGCGAAAGCGCCCCGACCGCUUUAAUCUUCGCGAAGCAGGAGUUCUUUCAGGAAAAAGAAAAAAAAAAACUAUUACCGCCGCCAUGAGACGCAGCGCCGCGCUUGAGGGGGAAACCGCUCCGAGACGCGUUUACCAACGGACUCCGAGCGGCCAUUGAAUGCAGCGUGAAUCGACAGAAGCCACCCUAAUUAGCGCAAUUAGAAACCGAAAGCAGGGUGUAUACGGACCAUUCAGGGGUCUUCUCGACGGAAGCUGAGCGGACACUGAAGAUGGAGCAAGCUGACGGCAGCUGCUGCAGUAAUUGGGCUUAAUUACGUAGAAACGAGGCAAACUGUGUGUAUACCGACGUCGGCGUUUAGGACGGGCCACUCUACUUUCUUUCUUCGACAUGUGCGCAGUGUAGGACAGGAUGGAUGGCGAGUGUAGCACUUUCGAAGUGAUUGUGGUUUUGCUGGCCCACGGAAAGUGUGACUGUGUUUGUUGACCCGAGGAAGACGGCUCGUUGUCACCGCAGUGGGAAGUGGCCACCUUUCCCGGAGGAACGUGCGAUUUUGAGAAGCCGCAGCAGCGCCAACGAGGACAGCGGAUGCCACGGGAUGCCAGCCUCUGCCGGCCGCGCUGCUGACGGGGCGAGCGGCGGCGUGUCCAGCUGCGCACGCGUCGUGCCGGCGCUGGUGGCGGCGGCCGCGCUGCUGGGCUGCGCCCUGGCGGACGCGGACCUCGACGCGGCGGCGCCGUUCGAGAAAGGCCGCUCGAUAGUCGGCACGGUGCACAACCUGGCCGUGUUCAAGCCCCGCGCCAAGCACUGCAUCAAGAACGUCAUCAACUAUCGGGACGCCCCGCCGGACAGGAGAGGCCGUUUCCACAUACUGCUGGGCCGUAUGGUGGAGUACGUCGACCAGAUGACCGAACGCAACUACAAUGCGAAGAUCAAGCUGCUGUCCAGGAGCGGUAGCAUGCUCCACAAAAAGUUCAGCGACGCGUUCACGCGGUGCGUCCAAGAUCCGUGCUCGCAGCCGCCGGAGCCCGGCUGGUGCCUGCAGAACAUGGUGAUGUUCUACUACGACCCGGACAGGGGAUCCUGCAACGAGUUCACCUACACCGGCUGCGGCCGGAACUUCAACAACUUCCUCACUAAGCAGGAGUGCCGCAAGAUCUGCAUCGAAGGCCGGACGUGACAAGGCCAGUAAACACGCGGGUGGGUGACGCCGAGGACGUUAUAGUUAUGUGCACAAACGGGCAGCACGCAAGCUAUGUUAGCACGGGAACGCUUUUGCGGAAAAUAAAAGAGCAGUCCAAGUGGU